UGCUGUCUCCCCUGGCUCCCCAGUGUCUCUGCGUCAGUCCCCAGACAUCUGUCCAGUGUCUGCAUCCAACUCCCCGAGACAGAUAGGGAGGCCCAGCAGGUGAAGGUGAAGGUGGGGGCCAGCAGCACAGCCUCACAGCGCCCACCCUAGCAGCCCAGCCAAGGGCACCAUCCUUGGGCUUGGGCCCUUCUCCAUCCCGGUGGAAGGCAGAAGGGAGAUCCCUCGAGGCCCCACCAUGUGCCAGGGGAGCUGGGCACUCACCCGGUUCAGGGAAUUCCCACAGGCAAGGAGGGAGCCAAGAAAAGCACUUGUACUGGUGCACCCGCACACACACACACACACAUAUGGACACAUACACACAUGUGCGCGCGCACACAUGCGCACACAUACAUGCACACACACAUACACAUACACGCGAACACACACACACGCUGCCAGUUUAGGCCUAGAUCCUGGUGUGACUCACCAGGCAGCAAGCCCAGCAGGGCCCCCCAGGUCCCCAGGCCUGGAAAGGUGACCUCAGCCUGGAGGUAGUGGCCCUGGCUCCUCUGGGCACCACACUCCUCUGUGUGUCUGCUAAGGAGCUGUUUCCAGAUGCUGGGGACUCCCUGACCCAAUUUAGCACUUGCCAGGCCACCUUUUCACCCAGGGCAGGGGGCAGAGAGCUCUGAGCCGCAGGCCCCCAGCAGCCUCCCCAGGUUCCCAGUGGCCUGUGCCCCCCGCCACACACAGUGCCACCUCUAACAUCAUCCACUGUGUGGGGGGUGCUACUACAUAGAAUGUGGACCAGCGACAGCCCUGCCCCACGUCUGGGUGCACCAUCCCAUUCUGCAGAUGUGGAGACUGAGGCUGCUGUGGCCCAGCAGGCUCUGGUUAGUGCCUGGUGAGGGAACACUGGACAGGGAAGGCGGCACUAUCUGGGCGACCACAGACCCUAGGUGAACAGCCUGGACCAGGCAGAGGGGACAUGUUCAGAGGUUCUGAGAAGCUGAACCCCCAGGACUUUGUGACAGGGCUGUGAGGGGUAAGGGGUAAAAGGGUCACCAUGGCCACCCCCAGGGUGAGGGCGUGGAGGGCAGUGAGCGUGUACUGAUGUGGCUGCACUGGACAGUUGGGUGUUGAGAUGCCCGAGGGCCAUGGCAGGAGGUGGCUAGCCGUGGUGGGGGUAUGGAGCCUGACAGAUACCCUGCUGGAGUCGGAUGGAGGCCUGGGAGGGUCCUUGUGCAGGAGGCAGGGAGGGGGUUCGGCCUGAGCAUGCAGGAGGCGGGUACACGUGCAAACCGGGGCCCCAGGGAACAGCCCAGGCGAGGUCGGGAGGGGCCUGUGUUGUGACCGAGGGACCAGCAGAGGUGGGGAAAGGUGGCAGGAACUAGGGGGCGGCCAAGCUCGGGGCAUCAGCUAUGCCUGGGGGCUGGGUGCGUGUCCAGGGUCCGACGCCUGCAGCAGUCGGACACUGAGGCAGAGAGAGGUGGGAGAGUCAGGGGCUGGGGGCACUGCAGGCCCAAAGAUUGGUUGGGUGUAGCAGGUGGGUGGGUGUGAGGGACUUGGGGAGGGGAGCAGUAUUUACGGGCUGGUGGAGUAGGGAGUCGAUGCUGUGUCUGGAAGGCCAUCCAAAGGCCAGGGGUAAACUGAGGCUCUGUGAAGCUGACUUGUGAGAUGUCUGCCCCGAACUCACCCCACAACCCCUCCAUCCUCCCCUCCCACACCUGCCCCGUGGAGAAUCCCUGCCUAGUUCACUGCCCGCCUUCCUCUGCACCGCACCCUCCAGGGCAGGGGCAGGGUUUGUCUUACUCCUGGUUGUGAGGUCUCAGACAGGUUGCUGGCUCUGAGAGGUUAGGGUAGGGGCCUUGGGGUGCUCAGGAGGGGCAGGGCUCGGUGAGGGGGCACAGUGAGCUGGGGGUGCAGGUCUCAGAAGAGCAAGGGUCUGAGGCUGGUCAGUGAGGCCUGGGGUGUGGCUGGAGAAGGGGCAAGGAGUCGGGGCUGAGGUGGUCACAUGGGUGGAUGGAUGACGCCCUCACAGCUUCCCCGGUGGCACUCUGCCUCGGGACUUCCCUCUUUGCUUGUUACUCUACAUCCUCUUGCGGGGACCGACUCUUGGGAAGACCCGCCCCACCCUUCUCUGAGGUUCUCAAAAACCGCGCUGCAGGAGCAGAAGGGCGAGCUGCGCAAGCGGCUGUCCUACACCACACACAAGCUCGAGAAGCUCGAGACGGAGUUCGACUCCACGCGCCACUACCUGGAGAUCGAGCUGCGCCGCGCGCAGGAGGAGCUGGAGAAGGUCACGGAGAAGCUGCGCAGGAUUCAGAGCAACUACAUGGCACUGCAGAGGAUCAAUCAGGAGCUGGAGGACAAGCUGUACCGCAUGGGCCAGCACUAUGAGGAGGAGAAGCGUGCACUGAGUCACGAGAUUGUUGCCCUCAACAGCCACCUGCUGGAAGCCAAGGUGACCAUCGACAAGCUGUCAGAGGACAACGAGCUCUAUAGGAAGGACUGCAAUCUUGCGGCCCAGCUGCUGCAGUGCAGCCAGACCUACGGCAGGGUCCACAAGGUGUCUGAGCUGCCCUCGGACUUCCAGGAGCGCGUGAGCCUGCACAUGGAGAAGCAUGGCUGCAGCCUGCCCUCCCCCGUCUGCCACCCGGCCUAUGCCGACAGCGUCCCCACCUGCGUCAUCGCCAAGGUGCUAGAGAAGCCUGACCCUGCCAGCCUGUCCUCCCGCCUGUCCGAUGCGUCGGCCCGAGACCUGGCCUUCUGCGACGGAGUGGAGAAACCAGGCCCGCGGCCCCCCUACAAGGGAGACAUCUACUGCAGCGACACAGCCCUCUACUGCCCAGAAGAGCGGCGGCGCGACCGGCGGCCCAGCGUGGACGCACCCGUGACCGACGUGGGCUUCCUGCGGGCCCAGAACUCCACCGACAGCGCGGCUGAGGAGGAGGAGGAGGCCGAGGCAGCGGCCUUCCCGGCGGGCUUCCAGCACGAGGCCUUCCCUGGCUACGCGGGCUCACUGCCCACAUCCAGCUCCUACUCCAGCUUCAGUGCCACGUCGGAGGAGAAGGAGCACGCGCAGGCCAGCACGCUGACCGCGUCCCAGCAGGCCAUCUACCUGAACAGCCGUGAUGAGCUCUUCGACCGCAAGCCACCCUCCGCCACCUACGAGGGCAGCCCUCGCUUUGCCAAGGCCACGGCCGCGGUGGCAGCCCCGCUGGAGGCCGAGGUGGCCCCAGGCUUUGGGCGGACCAUGUCACCGUACCCGGCUGAGACCUUCCGAUUCCCGGCCUCUCCGGGUCCCCAGCAGGCCCUGAUGCCCCCAAACCUGUGGAGCCUACGGGCCAAGCCGGGGACUGCCCGGCUCUCCGGGGAGGACAUGCGGGGCCAGUGGCGACCCCUGAGCGUGGAGGACAUCGGCGCCUACUCCUACCCGGUUAGCGCCGCUGGCCGUGCCUCACCCUGCAGCUUCUCUGAACGCUACUACGGUGGGGCCGGGGGCAGCCCGGGCAAGAAGGCCGACGGCCGCACCAGCCCACUCUAUGCCAGCUACAAGGCCGACAGCUUCUCCGAGGGGGACGACCUCUCCCAGGGCCACCUGGCAGAGCCCUGCUUCCUGCGGGCGGGUGGGGACCUGAGCCUCAGCCCCGGCCGCUCUGCUGACCCACUGCCAGGCUACACACCCAGUGAGGGGGGUGACGGGGACAGGCUUGGGGUGCAGCUGUGUGGGGCCACCAGCAGCCCUGAGCCCGAGCAGGGCUCCAGGGACUCCUUGGAGCCAAGCUCCAUGGAGGCCUCCCCGGAAAUGCACCCCGCCGCCCGCCUCAGCCCCCAGCAGGCCUUCCCGAGGACUGGUAGCUCGGGGCUGAGCCGCAAGGACAGCCUCACCAAGGCCCAGCUCUAUGGAACCUUGCUCAACUGAGCGCCACGUGCAGGCCUGGCUGUGGGCCUCUCCCCGCCAGCCCAUGGCGCCCCAAGGGGCCGGCCUCACCCCCCAGCCCCUGCUGUUCCCCCGCCCCUGCCAACAACCAGGCGUCUGUUCCUCCCCGUACCUCCUCUCCUCCCCAACCCCAUAGGCCCGAGGAGGAUCCCCCCGCACUGCGGUGUCCACCAGCCCCGCCCCAUGGAGCUCCACUUAGAACGUUUUUCACACUCGUCCUUCCCCCAUCUGAGAGGGGCAUCCCCCCUUUUAUAAAGCGAAACUAUUUUUAUAGAGAAAAAGGGUCUUUCUAACGCACUUGGCCUCCAGCUCCCUGGACGGCUGCCUUGGCGUUUUCAACACAAAGCUCCUUUAUUUUUGGGUGAGGGUGCGUGGGGCCUGCCCCUUGGAAGGGAAGGGAAGGGAAGGACCGUGUCCUAUGGAGACUGGACUCUGCAAGUGGGGAGAACACCCCCACAAGCCAGUGACAAGGAAACCCAGAAGUUGUGUCCACGAAGAGGGAGCUGAAACGAAUUUGGGGCUAUGAAGUGUUUUAAAAAUCAUUUUUCGCAGUGUGGCCACCGCGCCGCCCUGAGCCCCCCCCACGGCCCAUAGUCCCGGGUGGGCGGGGAUGAUGUCCCGGUGCGGCUGGCGCUCAUCCCGCCCCCACGUCCAUCCCUGACACCGUCUUACUCUACCUCAGACAUGAUGAGGCCCUCCACUCCCGGUUUCUGUAGCUUGCGUUCCUGUUGUCUCUGAUGCAUGCCCUGUCAGUUACUAUUGUAUUUUGCAUUCAUUAAUAAAAGACACUGGUGGAAAGAA